AUGCAACUCCUGGGCUUCCGGGGCAAGGAAAACUAUGUCCACUCAAAAGCUCUCAUUCUCGGCCAAGUCCGAAAGCAAUGCAUGAAAAGGCUCACGAAGGCUUUCCCCGAUGCACAGACGAGAGCUACUCCCAAAUUUGGAUUGAAUAAGAAAACCCCGUACCCCGAUCUAGGCUUCCAAACUACUAUUCCCGGGUACACAUAUCGUAACGAAUGGCAGAAAGAGAAGGCGAAAGGGCUCGCCCCCGAAUCAAAGGGCGACAGUGAGUCUAAUUCUAUCAUGGCAGGGUACAGCUUCAGACAACUCACUGGCUAA